GAGCGAGGCACAAAUACCAUAUGGUCCAUAUUGCAAAUGGGCCGCGUGUGAGCGGAGGGCAUAGGCCUUACGGGGGCGGUGGAUUCGGAUUGAGACAGACCAAACGCGUAUGAUCUGACUACAACCACCAUCGUCGUGGGAAUAGGGAGAGAAAGUGAGAAAGUAUCCCCAAUUGUCGUGCUAAUUGCUAUACUCGCGAAAAUAAUUUUCCCUCAAUCCAAACAGGCGCCAUCUGGCUGUUGUCAAUUUUGACCAAAAAUCGAAAAAAACUUCAUUUCUAAUCAUUGAGCUUGUUUUUUUUUUCUUCUUUUGUUGGUGGUGAUCAAGGAUGGGGUUGAUUGAGGUAUUCUGUGUGGGAAAUCCUAGAACGGCAUGAGGUAAACCCGAGAUCUCUAUCUCAGAAUUUUAGGUUCUUUGUGAUUUGAUCUUGCUGCUGAUAAUAAGGCCUAAAGAUUCAAUCUUGAUUUUUCAGUUAAAUAGCCAAAGCAGUAGGGGUGACAGGUUGGGUUGGGGAUUUCGUUUUCCUAAUGGUGAUUGGGGAUAAUUAGUUGGAAAACCCAAGGAAUUAUCGAAAUCUUUUACUUUUAUUUUUUCGGAGGAAUUGGGGGAAACCAGUUGAGUUGAUAUUAGUGUGUUUGUUUGGAAACAUGCAUGCUAGGCAUCGAAGUCCUGGAAAUGGAUAUAGGCUCAGUUCUAUGGGAAUGGGCAUGGCUGCCUCUCGGAUCUCACCCGAAGGCUCAAUUAGAGGACAUGGCUUCCAUAACUCUGAGUACCGAAACUUUAAUCGUGGUUUUGGGCGGGGUCAAUCAAAACCCUAUCAACAGCCUCACUUGUCCCGGAAAGGUGACAUUUUCAUGGAAGCCGGUAGACUAGCAACUGAGUAUUUGAUUUCUACGGGGUUGCUUCCUCCUAGUGCGCUUCCUGUGAAAUGGCAGAAUGGUAGUUUGAAGAAGCAGGUGGGGGAUUUCCAGGAUGGCGAAAAUUUGCAGCUUCCUGCAGAGGGUCGGACAUCAGCGCUUGCCCGCUUGGGAAAUGCUGUUUCUGAUUCGGGUUCUGGUAGGAGAAGGUUCUCUGAUGAAUAUAACCCAACGGGGUCGAGAAAUCAUACCAGAGGAAGGAGGAGAAUGGGAUCCUUUCGGAGUUAUGGCACUGAUUGGAAUGGAAGAAGUGGGUCGUGGGAUAAGGCUAGGGCUUCCCCUGAUACAGAGGGUGAUGAAGAUUCUACUUGUGGGUACCCUGAGGAGCAGCUAGUUGGUAAAGAUGUAGGUAGUGGGGUUCAGAAGUCCAGACCGGGUGAAUUACCCCCAAUAAUUGAUGAUGUGGGUGAUUCAGAAACUGAGCCAGAGAACACCCAACUUCCGGAUGAUAUGAGCUCAAAAGCAGGUUCUUCUCGAGUUGGGAGAGAUAUCCCACUUGAGACAGAUGGGGAACUCAAUAAGAGGCCUGAUGAUUCCAGAGUAUUAGAUCUGGCACCUGGGGAAAUGAAGGACGGUACCCAUAAUGAUAGUGAUGAUGAAACUGAGAAACAGACUGCCUCAGAGGAUUUAACCAUCCAGGAUAGUGCAGUGGAUGAUGAUAUCGCUGGCAAGAGUGGUACUGAUUUGCUAAGAUUGUGCAACUUUGCCAAGGUGCCCACCAAAACUCGUUCUUCAUUGAUGUAUAAGGCCUUAAAGAUCGAUCUAACUCCAACUACUGCAAAGGGAAACACUUCCGAUAUUGGACCCCUAAGGGGAUCUAGCUAUUCCAGUGAAGACAAUCCUGUCGAGGAGUCCUUGGGUGGGGCACUGUCAGAUCAAACUCAAAAAUCACAAUGUCUCAACUUGGAUGUUUCUAGAGCUCUUACUGUAGAGUCCUUGGAGGAUGCUGAAGAAUUGGAUUCUAAACAUGUUGUGGAGCAGGGUAAAUGUGUGAGGUCUCAGUCUUUCCCGGAGAGAGCUUUCAUGUAUGAGCAGGAAGCAAGUCAGGGACCCCCUGGGUUUGGAAGGUGCAGCUCCAUGGUUAAGGAGAGAGGUGAGAAACGGGCUGGACAACAGAGCGACGCAAUGGAGGGAAUCAAGAAACUUAAAGAAUGGCUUCCCUCCUUGGUUAGUAGGAGCGAGGAGUGCUUCACUCUUUCUAACUUGAGCAAAAUGCAAACAAGUUCACAGGAGAGGGCUUCACCUGUUGAUGAGGUGGUUUCAACUGCCAAUGAAAAGAACUCUAUGGAUAUUUCCCUGUUUCCAAAAAGUGGAGGUGAGCAAUGUAUUGAGUUUGCAGAAGAGAAGCAGCUUCUCCCAAGUUCAUUUAAGAUAUGUGACCUUAAUCUCAUGGGAACUUCUGAUAUGAAUGAGAAUCAUGAUACUGAUCCGAUUCUUUUGUUUCCCUCUAUUCUGGAAACCAAAAAAGAAGCAGCACCAGUUGAUAUUGAUUUGUCAAUCAGUAAUUGCUGCAAUUUGUCAGAUGAAUGUGGUGGGCGUCCUGCUGAUGGCAAGGAGGUUGAAGUAAUUGAUUUGGAAAAUGACUCUGGACCAGAAGACAAUGCCUUACCUAAUUCAGAGAGAAAGACAGAAAGUGUAUUCAUGGAGCUGGAGACCUUUCCCAACCAUGCGCAGAAUACCAGUGAUGUGCCUGAUGCGCAGGAUGGUUAUGGUCUUAUGAUCUCAGAGUUGCUUGGAAAUGAUAUCUCAAAUUGUUCUUCAGUACCUACAGAUAUUAAUUCUCUGGAUCAUGAGAUGAACCUUCAUAAUGGAGAGGGAAUGCUUGGUGGUGAUGAUGAUUCAAUAUAUAUGUCGCUGGGAGAAAUACCAAUAAGCCUUUUGCGGGUUUGGGAGCAGCCAACACAAGAAUAUGAGAAGCCCUUCUGAUAUGUGGUUUGGUAUGCAUAGUAUCAGUCACUGGGGUUCUUUUGCUGCAAUCACCAGCUCUAUCCAAAUGCAAGUCUCUUUUGGUUUCUUACUCUGAUUUUGCUUAAAACAAAUGCUAGUAAGUGUGCUUCUCCUAGGAGCUUCUAGAGGUGUCAAAUGUUCCUUUUCUUCCUUCUUUUAGCUGUUGCAUCUCAUUUUCAAAUGAGAAAAGUUUGUUAGUUGAUUAGCAGAAGUGGUUAAAGGAUACCUAUGUGACCUAUUUGCACUUGCUGAUCUUACAUCAGAAAAUGAUAAUAAAGCAGCGUUGUUGAAAGAAA